AUGUCUCUCUUCCGCUCAUCUCACGCCCUCCGGCGCUGUCGACUCCAUCCCCGACCGGAAUUCCGCCCCGCGACGAGCUCCAGCUCCAGCUCCAGCCCACCUCCCCAUCCCCUCCCCAAAGUCCAAUCUUUCCACACCACUCCCUCCAGCCAUGCCCAACCGCGUCGAUCCCCCGCCGCCCGGAGAGCCGAAUACGACAAGCACUACGGCAAGCAAACACAGCGCAUCCAGGCGACCGAAACUGCCCGUCCGGGUCAACCCGCAAAGCGAGCGUUGCCGUAUACAAACGAAGGGAUCUUCGCCGGUCGCGCCGUGGGCGAAGUGGACGAGAGUCUCCAAUGGCUGGAUGCGGCAGGGCCGUACUGCUGGAAGCAAAUAAAGGUGCUUAGUCCGGACCUGGACGUUAGCGAGUCUGUGUUUAUGGAUGUUUGUCGACGCCUCAUACAAACCGCGUAUACUGAGCUCCCGUCCGCGGAGGCGAUUCGGAAACUUUCAUUGGAACCCGAACAAGUCUGGACAAUGGGCGUUUCCCUCGAUCUCGAAGACAAAACAUUCAAAUACUGGCUCACCAGCUCAUGCGCCCUCGCGGGCGUAUCCCCCGCCCUCUCCCUCAUCGCCAUGACAUACCUCAGGCAAGCCAAGGCCAUGUCAACCCCUCCCAUGCGCACCCGGAUUCUCGAGCGCAUCGAAACCCUCGCCCUGCGUGACCGCGACCCCUGCGCCAUGGCCGUGCACUCGAAAGUGCUCGCCGCGCGCGAGCAAUACGAAGACGCAAUGACCAUGUUGGACUCGUUUCUGACAACCAUCCGUCCGGAGAAACUGCAAACCGUGGACAACAGUAACCUCGAGAAUCUUAUCGUGCCGACCCUGUGGGAGGACUAUCUGGCGUUGAAAGCGAAGGUGAACGAGCGGGGUGGUGACUCCAAGCUGUCCAGAGAUGAGCUCGUGGAGAUGGCCGCCGUGCAGUUUCAGAACCCCCAGUAUCUACCCCUCUACGCGGAGAUCAUGCUCGAAAAGGGGGACCAUAAAGCCUACGAGGAGUCCAUGCAGAAGGCCGCGAUGACUGGGAACAAAGGGGCGUGUGAGAAAUUGGCCAAUUUCUACUACCUCACCUCUCAGGCACAGCUCCCUCGUCGGGGCGACAAGGACUUUGUUUCCGGGGCUGCGCUAGGUGAAAAGACGGGCUUGUUUGCCGAACUAUACUCCGUUGCAUUCAAGGGUGUGGCGCCGCUUAGUCGCUAUUACCGCCUCGCGCUGGAGUGGUACGAGUUGAGUGCCGACAUGGGCAAUGCCUCUUCCGCAAUCAUUCUGGCCAUGCUAUACCGCCGAGCCGGCCAGGCGGAAAAGGGGGCCAAACAUUUGGAGGUCCCUCAGAAGGCACUAUUCAAUCGUGAGCUCCUCGUGGAGAUCCAGGAGUCUUGGGAUAACCCUGACUAUGUGCCGGAGAUACCAGAGGAAUUGUUAUCUCUCACUGGCAGGAGUAAGCUUUAA